CUCGUGAAUAAUAUGUUAACUUUUAAAUCCUUCACAUUUAUAUUGAUUUUGAAAAUUAUUCUUUCCAAUUAUAACCUCAAACUUCGUGAGUUGAUAAUCCAAAUUCAUGGAAAAAGUGAUACAGCCACAGUUUUCUUCAUCGAAGCUGAAAGUGAAUUUCUGACGGAAUUUAUGAGAGCUAAUACCAUCAUUCCAGCAUCCAUCUUCGAUUCUUCUGAAGCACUUAGCCGACCUGGACAGUCAAAUAAUGUUAUCAUAGUUUACCAAGUUCCUGACGAUGCUGAAAGCCACAACAGUUCCCAAGCACUGCAAAGUGCUAUCAAAAACAUUCCAGUUCGAAAGUUUGUAAUAGUUGCAGCUGAAAACUUAGAUAUCUUGCGUCAGUACUUUGAAUUCUUUACGAUACAUAAAUUCAGACGAAUCUUCGGAAUUAUUGCAAAUUCCUCAUCUUAUGCCUACAUGCCCUUUGCUGACCAUCCAAUUCAAGAACUAUUGCAAGGUAGUUGUUAUCUGCCGGAUGCUUUAAAAGAUCUAAAUGGCUUUGCUGUGCGAACCACAGUUCAGAUAGAUCUCCCAAGAGCUUUUUGGUAUCCAACUAAAAGCGGUGAAAAACGUAUAGCUGGAAGGUUUGGACAAAUAUUUCUACAGUUCUUAAGAAAACACAACUCAAGUUUUGAAGAAAUGUUGAUAAACAAUUCAAGUCGGUUUGAUUUGGAUGCUGUAUUCAAUGCAACUCUUAAUGAAGAGGUCGACAUUAGCAUGAAUUCUUUUUUUCCGGGUAAACAACUUGAGAUGAGUUAUCCUGUCAUAGUUGAGAAAACUGUAAUAAUGGUUCCGUACAAUGGAUUCCUUCAUCCAAGUGAGUACUUUCUGAGGCCCUUCUCGACAACAACAUGGACGGCAAUUGGAGUGUCAUUUGUUUUUAUUGUUAUUGCCAAGGUCCUGCUCGAUUUAUUCACAGAUAAAGGUGUGGAUUUUUGGUCAAGCUUCAGUUUCACCUAUCUUACAAUGCUAAGUGCACCAACCGAAAGACCAGUAGAGCCGCUUUACUACCGGCUUCACUUGCUGGUUCUACUGUUUGCGUUCAUCAUGGGAACAAUGUUCUUAUCUUAUUUCCAAUCCUAUUUGACAGUUUACAUCUCGAUCAAACAGUUUGACACCGUCCAAGAUCUGAUGGACCACAGAAUCUCUGUUAUGAUUUCAAGUUAUCGAUGGGAUAGCAUAAAAGACGACCCUUUACCUCUGGGCUUGACGCAAAUAAUUUUACCAAUCCAUCCAACCUUAUUUAUCCCCAAGCUUGUGUCGAUGCGAGACAACAACUUUGCCUACAUCAUAGAAGAUGAUAGGUGUAAAUUUUAUAUCGGUCUUCAAUCUUCGUACAGAAAAAGUUUAUUUCGUAGAGCUCAACAAACUGUCAAUAGCUAUUUCAUAGGAUUCGUGUUGCCGUUUCAUUCGCCAUUUAAAGAAAUUUUAAAUAAUUUCAUUGUCGAAAUAUGGCAAACCGGAUUAAUUCAGAAGUGGGAUUCGGAUGUUAUUUAUCAAGCAAAGGCCGCUAAUUAUAGAUUGAAUAUGUACACGAAAAAAGAUGAUAAUAACGAUGUUGGAAAUCAUUGUGUUCAAUUGAAUUUACGUCAUUUGCAUUUUGCUUGGAAAUGUUUAAGGAUUGGAUUGUUUAUGGCGACGGUGGUUUUUAUACUGGAACUAUUUUACACCUGGUGUUUAAAAAAAAAUAUUUUAUAA